ACUUCCAUUGCUUUAAAAGAUCAUUUCCAGCUAUGGGAAACUCAGAACCAUACCAUACACAAAGAGAAAAGGGUCGAGGGUAUGGUUCCAUUAUUCCAGAUGCGCCUGCUGCAGAAUCACAUCCCUCAACAAAGACAUUGGCAGAGCAAGUUGGUAAAUGUGUGGAAGAAUAUGUAGAAGCCAUGGAGAAGGUGAAACUUAAGAAAGGCCUGAAGUGUGCAAUGAGCAUCUCCAGUAAAGGGAAUGCAUAUCUUCAAGAAACCCAAUUUUGGAAGCUCUACAAAGAAGACCAGCCUUGCUGUUCUAUUGUUAUGAAAACUGCAGUUGGGCUAGUACACAUUCUUGCAUGUUUGUUGCAGCCAUUUAUGCCAUCUUUUACUGUUGAGAGUUCCGAGAGACUAGAGGAAUUGAAAAAUAAGUAUAGUAAGAACAUUAGUAGUGAAGCUGAAGCAGAACAACAGAACAAAACCAAAAUUUCAGGUAGCAAGAAAACCCAUCGUCAAACUUCCACUUAGGGUGUUUCCUUUACGCCGUUUAGGCCAUGAGUGUUUGAUAUUUUAUUAAUUAUCUGGCCGGCCCUUUGUUUAAGGGAAAGGUAUCAUUUCUAUUUGAUUUGGUAGUUAUUGUGAUGGAUUCUAUAUCUAAAGUGCACCUACUUAUAACUCGUUCCAUACUUUAGAAUGUGUUUUUUUUUUUUUUAAUGAUAAUGAGUUGUAUAAAAGAGAAUAAUUUUU